GGCUGCCUUUUCCAUCAGGCCGCGACGACAGGGGUUGUGCCUUAUUUGUCUCUGUCGCGUGCAGUGCUGGGCACGGAGUUGGGGCUCACUGUUUAUCCUCAGGACCAUGGCCAGCAGUGAACGCACCUUCAUUGCCAUCAAGCCUGAUGGGGUCCAGCGCAGCCUUGUGGGAGAGAUCAUCAAGCGUUUUGAACAAAAGGGAUUCCGCCUCAUUGCUAUGAAAUUAAUUCAGGCUUCCGAAGACCUUCUCAAGGAGCACUACAUUGACCUGAAGGACCGUCCGUUCUUUGCUGGCCUGGUGAAGUACAUGCAGUCAGGGCCUGUGGUUGCCAUGGUCUGGGAGGGCCUGAAUGUGGUGAAGACAGGCCGAGUGAUGCUUGGGGAGACCAACCCUGCGGACUCCAAGCCUGGGACCAUCCGUGGGGACUUUUGCAUCCAAGUUGGCAGGAACAUUAUCCACGGCAGCGACUCUGUGGAGAGUGCGGAGAAGGAGAUCGGCUUGUGGUUCCAGCCUGAAGAGCUGGUGGAUUACAAGAGCUGUGCUCAGAGCUGGAUCUACGAGUGACGGGUGAUGAGAGAGCAGACCUCAGUGCUUUGUUCAUUCCAUUCCUGCUCCCUCCCAUGAGCAGGGGGCCAGGCUCUCGCAAAUCCACUUAUUUUUGAGAACUUCCUUAUAACCUGGAGGGGAACUCCGGAGCUGGGAGUGCUCCCUGUACAGUAUUAUGUGCUACUAUCAGAUUAAAAUGUUUCAUCCCAACAUA